GAGAAUUACUUAAAUUUUCUUAUCACCAAUAGUCAAGAUACUGUCAUGAUUAUUGAUUACUGCUAAAGUGCUAACGUAAAUUUCUUGGAUUAUAAUAUUUAUAGAGAAUAUACCUAACAAAUAAAAUCAUUGUAAAAUAUAAAUUACAUGAUCUAACAUCUAGGUAUCUCAUGUAAUUCUCAUCAAUAAAAGAUCUUCACGUCGUAUAUUUAAUAAAAUAAAAUAUUAUUAAUUUAUAUUUUAGCCGUAAUAGUAAAGUAGUAAUUUAUGAAUUAAAUGUCUUAGUGACUUUAAAAAAUAGACAGAUUUAUAUCUGUUUCAAAAUAAAACAACGAAAAUUAACUCGGAUGUAAAUGGGAGUUUGUGUGUAGCCUUAAUGGAUAAAACUAAAGAAGCUAUGGAAGAAUUACAAAUUGAAAAUCCAAAUGAUGGAAUUUGUGAUUGCAAUGAUGAAACAUGUAUAGGGUGCUUUUGGCCCUGUGAAUCAUGCACAUCGAAUAAAUGUGGACACCAAUGCCGCAUCAAUCGAGAAUGGAAAUAUGAAGUAUGGGAAAGACAAGGAAGAAAUAAUAAAAACUAAUUUGUAUACUAACUAUGUAAAGUAUAAGGUAUAACUAAAUAAGAUAUAAUUGUGUAAUAUUGUUAUUAUUUUUUUAUUAUUAUUAUUAUUAUUAUUUACUAAGUCUUUUCUUUUAGAUUAGGUUUUUCGUUUGAGUUUAUUCAAUUGAUAGAAAAAAAUAGAUAAUUAUCAGUUUUUAAAUGUAGGAUUGAAUAAAUCUAACUUAAGUUUGUCAUGAUAAAAACAUAAAUUCUAUCACAUGUGCUAAAUUGUAUAAAAUAUUAA